GCUGGUGUCGCUGAUGCUGCUGAGGCUGUCGCCGCCGCUCGUGCUGGGCAUGCAGCUCGAGGCGACGGCGCCGCGUGCCGCCGCGGCAUCUCCGCGGGCUGCGGAGAGUAAGAGCGCGCUGCUGGUACUGGCAGGCCUGGCACGGCACUUCGAAGCCACGUGGCCGGCGUUAGAGCAGGCCGUUGUGCUGCCGAACGAGAGGGCCGGGUACACCUUCAAGAUUGUUUUCCACACCGAUGCGGGACUGGAGUGCCACCGCGAGUCGCCGAAGUUUGAGAGGCGCAAGUGCGAGGAGCCGACCGACCCGACGGCUCACGCGGGUCGCAUCAGGAAGCUGUUUGGCACCCGCGAAGUGAGCGUGAUCCAUGAUAAUACCACGUGUCUUGACCAUGACCGGCUGGCCUGGCGGCCGUCCGACGGCGGCGUUGAGUUGGACGUGCCCCUCGGCAAUGUCGAUGAUCUGCGGGGGGAGAGGCUUUGGCCUCCUUGCGACCCCUGGUUCGAGCGCGUGCAUAGCGUGGUUGCAGCCUUCGUGAAGAGCGGGGUGCAGUUCGACAAG